UACAGGGCCACGCCUAGACGCUAUUUUUGGGUCCACUCCACCACGUCGGUCCCGCCAAAGGUUGUCACGCGCGGCGCACUCUGGGAAAACCGCGUGGAGGUGACUAAAAAGGACCCUACCGCCUGUAACUUUAGUUGUCUUAGCUACUGCCUACAAAAGAUGCGCCAUCAUGGCACUUAUUUUUGUAAUUUUCCUCCACCAGCGGCCGAGAAGAGAGCCGAAGCCUUUGAGAAAAAUAUUCCUAGACGGUUGUUUCCGGGCACAUCAGGCAUUCAUUCGGGCCGCCUGCCCUCUGGCGGCCGGGGGUGGGGGGGUCCUUCACUCCUGGCACCUCUGGUUACGGACAACAUACAGAAGCGACUGCCAAUGAGCUCCGCCGAGUAGGACGGGGGCAGGGCUAGCGCUUAAAGGAGCCGCAACCCCUUUGCAGACCAGAGGGUGACCCGGAUGAUGGCGGCCGGCGCGGCCCUAGCCUUGGCCUUGUGGCUACUAAUGCCACCAGUGGAGGUGGGAGGGGCGGGGCCCCCACCAAUCCAGGACGGUGAGUUCACGUUCCUGUUGCCGGCGGGGAGGAAGCAGUGUUUCUACCAGUCCGCCCCGGCCAACGCAAGCCUCGAGACCGAAUACCAGGUGAUCGGAGGUGCUGGACUGGACGUGGACUUCACGCUGGAGAGCCCUCAGGGCGUGCUGUUGGUCAGCGAGUCCCGCAAGGCUGAUGGGGUACACACGGUGGAGCCAACGGAGGCCGGGGACUACAAGCUGUGCUUUGACAACUCCUUCAGCACCAUCUCCGAGAAGCUGGUGUUCUUUGAACUGAUCUUUGACAGCCUCCAGGAUGACGAGGAGGUCGAAGGAUGGGCAGAGGCUGUGGAGCCCGAGGAGAUGCUGGAUGUUAAAAUGGAGGACAUCAAGGAGUCCAUUGAGACCAUGCGGACCCGGCUGGAGCGCAGCAUCCAGAUGCUCACGCUACUGCGGGCCUUCGAGGCACGUGACCGCAACCUGCAAGAGGGCAACUUGGAGCGGGUCAACUUCUGGUCAGCUGUCAACGUGGCGGUGCUGCUGCUGGUGGCUGUGCUGCAGGUCUGCACGCUCAAGCGCUUCUUCCAGGACAAGCGCCCGGUGCCCACGUAGCCCCUGCCAUGGAAGGAAGAACGGGACGAAGGAGGGGCAGCAGGGUGUGUGCAUAUGAGACUUGGGGGUCCCUCCCCAAUUUUAGUUUCCUGCCAAAACAGGAGUGUGCAGUCAGGGCCUGCGGUCUGGCCCCAUGAGUCUCCUUCCGUCCUCAGCGGGCAGGGAACACCUCUGGCUUGUAGAAGGGACGGCUCAGUGGCUGCACCAACGGUCCUGGAAAUCUCACAUGGUGGGCACUGCAGCGUUGGAACGUGAGCCUCGGAUUUCCUGGCCCCUCUACUGUAAAUGUGCCUUAGCCUAAGCCUCCCAUCCUGUGUUAGCGUUGCCUGGUGCGGGGCAGGGCCUAACAAGGAAACCUGGGCCCUCCAAGCCAGGUUGAGGUCUGGUAACAGAAUGCCAGGAAGGGGGCCUGGAAGACCACCUGUCCUGGCCCCUCUCCUGCAGGGGCCCCACACAGGCAUGAGGGAUGGCCCGGCCAAAGUCUAGGCAGAAGCCUCCUAGAACAAAGGGUGGUGUGGCCUGGGCAUCGGAGUCAAUAAAUUAUGGUCAGAAAAUCACAA